AUGGCCUACCCAGAAACUUUCGAAGCAAUUGGUGUUGUCGACUACGACGACUGGAAAAACCCAAAGAGAUUCGAGUACAAGCCCCAAGAGUUCAGAGAUUAUGAUGUCGACAUCGAGAUUGAUGCCUGUGGUGUCUGUGGCUCUGAUCUUCACGCUGCCAGCGGCAACUGGGGCCGUCCAUAUGCUCCUGUUGCUGUUGGACAUGAAAUUAUCGGAAGAGUUGUGAAGGUUGGUCCAAAGGCCAAAGAAGGUCUCAAAGUGGGCGACAGAGUGGGUGUGGGUGCCCAAUGUGACUGUGACAACACUUGUGCUGCCUGUUUGAGCAAGAGUGAGCCAAACUGCAGAAACCAUGUUGGAACAUACUUUGGCCACAACAAGGAGACCGGCUUCAACACUAUUGGAGGCAAUGCUUCUCACAUCAGAGUCAACUCGCAGUUUGUGUUCAAGAUCCCAGACCUGCUCAAGACAGAACAUGCUGCUCCACUUUUGUGUGGUGGUAUCACUGGUUUUGCACCUCUUCUCCAAAACAAUGUUGGAAAAGGAACCAGAGUCGGUGUCGUUGGAAUUGGAGGUAUUGGCCACAUGACCAUUCUCUUUGCCAAGGCUCUUGGUGCUGAAGUCACUGCCAUCUCCAGAACAGACUCGAAGAAAGAAAUGGCCAAGAAACUCGGUGCUGACCACUAUGCUGCCACAGCUGACGAAGACUUUUCCAAGUAUGCCGACACUUUGGAUCUUAUUGUCAACACUGGAAGUUCCUUCUCUGGUUCUUCCAUGGACAAGAUUUUGUCGAUGCUCAGAGCCCGUGGAAAGUUUGUUUUCAUCACUGCCCCUCCAGCCACAGAAAAGCUCGAGUUGACUCCAUUCCAAUUGUUGGCCAACAACACCUCCAUCCAAGGCUCGCUUCUUGGAACUCCAGAGGAAAUCCAGUACAUGCUUAACUUUGCUGCCGAGCACAAGAUCGAGCCAUGGGUUGAGACCAUUGACAUGUCGGAGGAAAACCUUGCUACCGCAUGGAAGAGAGCCGAGGAGGGAGAUGUGAGAUUCAGAUUCACCAUGGUCAACUAUGACAAGUGCUUCAAGAGAUAA